CCCCCUGCAGAGCCCCCUGCAGAGCCAGCUCCAGCAGAACCCCAAGGGGAGCCCUCAUCUCAGUCAGAUGGACUGUUUAUCAAGAAGCCAGAACAUGUGUUAAUAGAGGCUGGGAAGGAUGCAAUUGUUUCCUUUCAAGUGGACGGGACUCAGCUCCCUGGCAAACCCACAGUGAAAUGGUUCAAGGGCAAAUGGCUGGAAUUAGGCAUUAAGAGCGGUCAGCGAUUUCAGUUCAAGGACAGCUUCGACAAGGAGAAAAAUAUUUACAGCUAUGAGAUGAAAAUUGGCAAAGUGGUGGCCGCAGACCGGGGGGAUUAUCGCUGUGAGGUGAAAGCCAAGGACAAGUUUGACAGCUGCCCUUUCAACAUCGAUGUGGAAGCACCAAGGACAGAUGAUACCGGGAGCACGCUGCAAGCUUUCAAGAGGACAGGAGGGGAAGGAAACAAAGAUGAAGUUGCAGGCGAGCUGGACUUCAGUGGGCUGCUAAAGAAGAGGUGACAACAGGAGGAGGAGAAGAAGAAAAAGAAAGAUGAUGACGAUGAUAUGGGGAUCCCCCCAGAAAUCUGGGAAAUGCUGAAAGGUGUGACCAAGAGAAGCGAGUACGAACGCAUUGCCUUCCAAUAUGGCGUCACUGACCUGCGUGGCAUGCUUAAAAGACUGAAGAAAGCCAAAGUGGAAGUCAAAAAGAGUGCAGCUUUCAUGACAAAGCUCGACCCUGCCUACCAAGUUGACAAGGGACAAAAAAUCAAGAUGUUUGUGGAGCUGAGUGACCCAGACCUGACUAUCAAAUGGAUGAAGAAUGGGCAAGUGAUCAAGCCGAGUGGCAAGUACAUCUUUGAGAACGUGGGCAAGAAGCGCAUCCUGACCAUCACCAAAGCCUCGUUGGCUGAUGACGCAGCUUAUGAAUGCGUUGCUGGGGAAGAGAGGAGCUUCACAGAGGUCUUUGUCAGAGAGCCUCCUGUCCAGGUUGAAGUUGGCUUGGAUGACCAGCAGGUAUACGUUGGGGACAAAGUGGAGAUGGAAGCCGAAGUGUCUGAGGAAGGAGCCCAAGUGAUAUGGAAGAAGGAUGGCGUGGAGCUGACUCGGGAGGAUGCUUUCAAGUACCGCUUCAAGAAGGAUGGCAAAAAACACAUCCUCAUCAUCAAUGAGGCCACCAAAGAAGAUGCUGGCCGUUACCAGAUCCUGACCAAUGGCGGCAGUUCAGAGGCAGACCUGGUGGUUGAAGACAAACAGCUUGAGGUCCUUCAGGAUAUCGCUGAUCUUACGGUCAAAGCUGCAGAACAGGCUGUCUUCAAGUGUGAGGUGUCUGAUGAGAAGGUGACUGGCAAAUGGUACAAGAAUGGAGUUGAGGUCCGGCCUAGCAAACGCAUCACCAUUUCUCACAAGGGCAGGUUCCACAAGCUCGUCAUCGAUGAUGUGAGACCAGAAGACGAGGGAGACUAUACUUUUGUCCCUGAUGGCUAUGCUAUCUCCUUAUCUGCCAAACUCAACUUCCUGGAAAUCAAGAUUGAAUACGUCCCUAAACAAGAGCCCCCCAAGAUCCACCUGGACUGUUCCGGAAAAGAUCAAGAAAACACCAUUGUUGUGGUGGCAGGGAACAAACUGCGCUUUGAUGUGCCCAUCACUGGGGAACCGGCACCUGUUGCCACCUGGAUAAAAGGCGAUGUGGUCUUUACCGACACUGAGGGCCGGGUUCGUGUGGAAGAGCGGAAGGAACUCAGCAGCUUUGUGAUAGAAAGUGCCGAGCGCUCUGAUGAAGGGAGUUACACCAUCAAGGUGACCAAUCCAGUGGGUGAGGACUCAGCCACCCUCCGUGUCAAGGUUGUGGAUGUUCCCGAUCCUCCUGAGGCCGCACACAUCACUAAGGUUGGAGAGGACUGGGCCAUUUUGGUGUGGGAGCCACCUAAAUACGAUGGUGGGAUGCCAGUGACAGGGUACCUGAUGGAACGUAAAAAGAAAGGAAGCAUGCGCUGGAUGAAGCUAAACUUUGAAGUCUACACAGAUACUACCUACGAGUCUACCAAGAUGAUUGAGGGGGUGCUCUAUGAGAUGCGUGUCUUUGCUGUCAAUGCCAUUGGAGUCUCUCAGCCCAGCUUGAACACCAAACCUUUCAUGCCAAUUGCCCCCACAAGUGAACCACUCCACCUCACCUUGGAGGAUGUGACAGAUACCACGGCUACGCUGAAAUGGCGUGCUCCAGAUCGUAUCGGUGCAGGGGGCAUUGACGGCUACCUCAUUGAGUACUGCAAGGAAGGAACUGAUGAAUGGAUAGCUGCUAACACAGAGCUGGUUGAGCGCUGUGGCUUUACUGCCAAGGAACUUCCUACUGGCGAGAAGCUUCUAUUCCGGGUUGUUGCGGUCAAUAUUGCCGGCAAGAGUCCACCAGCCACCUUUGCACAGCCUGUCACCAUCCGAGAGAUUGUCCAACAGCCCAAGAUCCGUCUUCCUCGCCACCUCCGACAGACCUAUAUCAGGAGAGUCGGGGAGCAAGUCAAUUUGGUGAUACCUUUCCAGGGUAAACCUCGUCCGAAAGUCACAUGGACAAAAGACGGGCAGCCUCUGGACCCCAAGGAGGUGGCCAUCCGUACCUCAGAGAUGGACACCAUCCUCUUCAUCCGCUCAGCUGCCCGAACCCAUUCGGGCAACUACGAACUCUCCGUUCAGAUUGAGAACAUGGAAGACAAAGCCGUCAUCAAGAUCCGCGUCGUGGAGAAGCCAGGCCCAGCUCAUAAUGUGAUGGUGAAAGAGGUGUGGGGAUUCAACGCUUUAGUAGAGUGGGAGCCUCCCAAGGAUGACGGGAAUUCGGAGAUCACUGGUUACUCCAUCCAAAAAGCUGACAAGAAGACCAUGGAGUGGUUCACAGUAUAUGAACACAACCGUCUUACUCGCUGCACCGUUUCUGACCUCAUCAUGGGAAACGAGUACUUCUUCCGGGUCUUCAGUGAGAACAUCUGCGGACUGAGUGAGACUCCCGGGAUCACCAAAAACACUGCUUACAUUCAGAAAACUGGAAUAAUCUGUAAACAGAUGAACUACCAGGAACAUGACUUCCGCAUGGCCCCCAUGUUCAUGACGCCACUGGUGGAUCGGACAGUGGUGGCUGGAUAUACCACUGCCCUCAACUGUGCUGUGAGGGGACACCCCAAACCCAAAGUGAUCUGGAUGAAGAACAAAAUGGAUAUCAGCGGGGACCCAAAGUUCCUCCAGAAAAACAGCCAAGGGGUGCUGACUCUCAACAUCCGAAAGCCAAGCCCUUUCGAUAGUGCGACUUACUCCUGCAAAGCCAUUAAUGAGCUGGGAGAAGCCCUUGCGGAGUGCAAGCUGGAGGUCAAAGCACCCCAGUAAUCUUGUUGCCGCAACAGCCAUGAUUGAAAAAGGUAGGUAACAGGCAUUCCAUCAUUACCCCCUUCUUGUUGUGUGCAUGGAAGGGACAUACAGCCCUUUG